AAAAAAAGGCAAGGAAGGCAGAACGGCAGAGAACGGCACACACCCCGGUGCCUUAAAAUAGCGAGCAGGGAGGGGAGAGCCGCGGCGGAUCCUCCCAGCCCGGCGCUGGGCAACAAUGGUGCUCGGCGGGGAGCCGCGGGCUGCCUGAUUGACAGCCGGCUCGUCCUAAAAAGGCCGGCGAGAGAUGCUUAUCGGCAGGUUUAUAUAGCGGGGGAGCAGCGGGGAGCCGAGCCUAGCCCUACAGUGGGGAGGAGGAGGAGGAGAAGGGAGGCGGCGGCGGCGGCAGCAGCAGCCGGGGCAGCGCUCGGUGUCGCCGGGCGCCCAUGCACGGCAGGCCGCGGGCGCGGCUGUGGCAGGCCCGGCGGGAGGCCCGGCCAUGCACUGCCAGGCGCAGGCCCGGGCCAAGGCAAGCAGGAGGCGCUACAAGACCUUUAUGAUCGACGAGAUCCUCUCCAAGGAGACCUGCGAUUACUUCGAGAAACUUUCUCUCUACUCCGUCUGUCCGUCCCUCCUGGUCAGGCCAAAGCCGCUGCACUCGUGUGCCGGGUCCCCCUCUCUGAGGACAUACCCUCUCAUCUCCGUCAUCACCAGGCAGCCCUCUGUGGUGCCUCACCUUGUCCCAGCUGCCAGCAGCUCCCGUGUGCUGCCGGCCCAGCCCUCCUCGGGCCCCGGGAGCUCGGAGCCCCCUGCCAGCGAGGCCCCCGGCAGCAGCGAGUCGGAGGCAGAGCAGGCAGCCCCCCGGCUGAAGAAGCCGCGCCGCAGCAGGACCAUCUUCACCGAGCUGCAGCUCAUGGGCCUGGAGAAGAAAUUCCAGAAGCAGAAGUAUCUCUCUACCCCUGACAGGCUCGACCUAGCCCAGUCCUUGGGGCUGACUCAGCUGCAGGUGAAGACCUGGUACCAGAACCGCCGGAUGAAGUGGAAGAAAAUGGUGCUGAAGGGUGGCCAGGAAGCUCCAACCAAGCCCAAAGGCCGUCCCAAGAAAAACUCCAUUCCCACCUCAGAGGAGAUCGAAGCAGAAGAGAAAAUGAACAGCCAGGCUCAGAGUCAGGAGCUGGAGGGAUCUCAAGCUCCUGAGGAACCUAAAGUGACAGAGGAGAAGCCAGAAGUCCCUUUGGAGCCAGAGGAAUCUCCAGAACAUAUAGCAGAGCCUUGCUCGGAGGAGACUGCACCGUUGAGUUAAAAGGGAAAGAAAGGAGGGGGGGGGGAAAGAAAAGCAAAAAGCAGAAAAGACAAAACCCCAAACCAAAUAUCUAUAUAUAUAUGUAUGUAUAUAUAUAUUUAAAUAUGUAUGUAAUGGUGGCUUUGUACAUAUAUAUAUAAAUAUAUAUAUAUAUAUGUAGACCUUGUGUAGAAGUCUCAAGAUUGGUCACGUUGUGCCUUUGGGAAUCAGCCAUCGUGGGUCAUGGUGCAGCAGAGACAUGAGUGGUGAUGAGGUGUCCCUCCCAGGGUCUGCCUAAGCUUCCUGCAGGUAGUGAUGGAGACCUGGGUGUGUUUUCCAGAGAAAAGCCAAUGGCUGGAAAGCUGAGGCAGCUCCUGGCAAAGAAAGGAGGAGCACAGGGCUCCUUUCAUGCUUUGGGGCUGCUGGAGGCUUGAGUGUGUUUGCUUGAAUGGAUGCUUUGAAUGGCUGCUCACAGGUGAGGGACAGCUGAGAAGUGGGGAGCUCUGACAACACCAGCACUUACUUCUGUUGGGGAUGGGCCCAGCUGAAACAAUCUUAGGAGAAAGGAGUUUGAGCCCCAGUGUGAAGAGCAAAGCUUCCAAAGCGAGACUCAUAGCAGGGUCAGCAGCCAGAUUUCAUCUCCUGUGGUUGUUUGGGUGCCACAUCUGAACUUGCAGUAAUCCAGGAUAGAACUUUGAACAAGAGGAGAAGGGUUUGGAUUUUGAGUCUGCUCCAAAAAGCUUUGGGAUGCUUGGAUCUGGGAUUUUUGCUUUGGGCCCACUUCUGAUUUUCGGUAGGGUGUGUUCUCUUUAUUUUGUUGUUGCUGUUUGUUUGUUCUGUUUUGUUCUAAAGAACAUUUACAUGUUUUCAGGGUCUGGGGGGAAUGCUGGAUUUAAGGAGGUGCUGCAGGAAGUUGCUGUUUGGUUAAGAUGUGUGCCAAGAGGAGAUGUGCAUCGUGUUGCAUAAAGUCUUGUUGAGGGUGCGUUUUGCCCAAAGGCUGCAAGAGAUGUAUUAAGAUAACCUUUAUUUUUUAAUUAAAAGUUAAAUAUAUAAAGAAAA